GCGCGCGCGCCGGGAACGCGGAGCUGCGGGGGCCGGCGGGCGGCUCAGGGGUGGUGGAGCUGCAGCCGCGAGGCCUUGGCUAACCAGGGGAGGAGAGGGCCCCGGCCCGGGAGGGAAGGCGGGGGCGGAGCGACCACGCGCAGAGCACACGACAGGCUGAGAAGGACCGAGGGAGCGGGAAAAUGGCGCUUUGCCGGCCCGGCCGCCUCGCGAGCUGCGUGCCCUGGGCUGCGGCCCUGCUUCUCGCUCUGGGCGUGGAAAGGCCCCUGGCGCUACCCGAGAUAUGCAUCCAGUGCCCAGGGAGUGUGCAAAAUUCGUCUGAAGUGGCCCUUCAUUGUAAGCAGAGCCCGGCGCUGAUGCUGCAUGCCCGCUGCUGUCUGAAUCAGAAGGGCGCCAUCUUGGGGCUGGAUCUCCAGAACUGUUCUCUGAAGGAUCCUGGUCCAAACUUUGCUCAGGCACGUACUGCUGUCAUCAUAGACCUGCAAGCAAACCCCCUCAAGGAUGACCUGACCAACACCUUCCAUGGCUUUACUCAGCUCCAGACUCUGGUACUGCCACAAGAUGUCAGCUGUCCUGGAGGUAUCGAUGCUUGGAAUACUAUCACCUCUCACAUAGAUAACAACAUCUGCCGAGGGCAAAGGGACCUCUGCAAUAGCACUGAGGAUCCAGAACUGUGUCCCGAGAAUGGAUCUUGUGCACCUGAUGGCCCAGGGCUCAUGCAGUGUCUCUGUGCUGAUGGUUUCCAUGGCUACAAGUGUAUGCGUCAGGGCUCCUUCUCACUACUCAUGUUCUUUGGGAUUCUGGGUUCCACCACGCUAUCCAUAUCUAUCCUGCUCUGGGUGACCCAGCGCAGAAAAGCCAAGGCUUCGUGAACCACAAGGGUCUCCAUACUGACCUAGAGCCUCCGGAGCUGUUUUUAUCCAGCCUGGGAACUCUGCUCCCCAGUCAGGCCUCAUUGGCCAGCGGAUCCUCCCAAGGCUGAGGCCGCCGUGGGAAGGAAGAUGGACAACUGCAGAAUCCUAGAGAGUUGUGGACAGCCCCCCAGACCAGAGUGGACUUCUGCCAAUUUCCAUUUGUGUUGUCGACAAUAAUAAACAGUUCAUUCCUUUUUUUUUUUUUUUUUUUUUUUUU